UAAGGCAAAUUCAGUUUCAGUUUGAGAUUCCAGAUCAAUCGUCCAACAUGAAAGUAUUGGCUCUCGUCGCUCUUUUGGCUUGUGGUGCCUUCGCCGCAGAAGGACCCCAAUGUCAAGCUCCAAACGGUGGUGGUCUCCAACCAGUCUUGGCUGAAUUCGUUGACAUGAUCCCACUCGACAAGAUUUUGGAACUCCUCUUGACUUCAAUGACCUCCGAUCCAGAAACCCAAGCCGUCAUGGAAUAUUUGUCAUCAUCCGAAUUCCAUCAAAUCGUCAUCAUGGUCCAAAAUCAACCAAGCUUCCAAUCGCUUGUAGACUUCGCCUGUACCGAUUUGUACGUCGAUGCUGCCUACUACUUCAACGUGUUGGCCGGUAUUUUCGGAUUCCCAGAAGUACGUGCUCAUCCACGUGCCACCGCCCGUGCUGGUGGAUUCCAUGGACUCUUGCGGGAAAUCCUUGACCUCAUCCCACUCGAUGAACUCAAGGCCCUUUUGGAUGAAAAGUUGGCCACCGACUACUACGUCCAAUUGACUUUCCAAAAGAUCAACUCUGACGAAUUCGGAUCUAUUGUUGACUCUCUCAAAGCUAAUGUUGCCUACGUUGACAUGAAGGAUCGUCUUCGUGGAUUGGGAGUUGAUGUUGAUCUCAUCAUUGAUACCAUCAACAAGAUCUUCCAUUAAAUGACUGGACUCUAAUUAGCACUUAAUAAAGUAACUUAAAUGCAAAA